AUGGGUUGGUUCAGUGAGGAUGCGCCUCAGCCUAGGCCCUCUUGGGAUAGCUUAGGCUGGACGUCUUUCCCUUGGGCUUCCACUCCCCCGCCAAUUCCAACACGAGCAUCGUUGUUUAGCCUUAGGUCAUUGAAUAACAAUGGCUGGUGGUCAUCUCCGAAAAUUGAACCCGAGAGCCACGAAUGGUAUAGGGUCCUUGUCGAGAAAUUUGGGAUCAGUGGAACUGUUGGCCUGGUCCUUGGCUUUGUUCUCUGUCUGAUCAUUUUGAAGCUGGGUCAAAAGCGCUUGAGCCUCCCGUUCAAAAAGCGGCUCUCUGGUAAACCAUCGAAAGCGUUGGUACCCAGGGGUACACAAUCCGCCCUGAAGAGCAUCAAGGGAAUUGCGCCCGGUCUGCUGACAAGACUGAAUCCAUUAAAUUGGAGAAUAUUCAACUUGCAAAAGAUCGCGGAAGAAGAUGACGAUGAGAAAUAUCAAGCAGGGGAGCCAUAUGGUGACCCCAGCGUGAUGGCCACGGGUCUCGUCAAAGAUCUCAAGUCUGUCGGUCUGAAAGCAGGUGUGAGAGAUCUGCAAACUUUGCUCAAGGUGGUCAAAACCAAAGGGAAACCUGUCAAUGAUCGAGAGAUGACCAUGGAGAAGAUGAUCGCGAUCACAUCAGCUCUACCACGUCACUCAAAGACACGCAAGAAGUUAUCGGGUAUCAUCAUUGACAGCUUAUGGCAAAGCUUGCAGCAUCCCCCUCUCAGCUAUUUGGGUGACAAAUUCCAGUACCGAACCCCCGAUGGAAGCUAUAAUAAUCCUCUUCAACCCGAUCUUGGUAAAGCUGGCAGCCCCUAUGCUAGAACAGUUCCAAAGCUCAAGCAUUUGCACGGUGUUCAACCCGAUCCAGGACUUUUGUUUGACUUGCUCAUGGGCCGAACUGAUGACACGUUCAAGGAGAAUCCAGCUGGAAUCUCUUCGGUUCUAUUCUACCAUGCCAGCAUUAUUAUUCAUGAUGUGUUCCGUACAAAUCGCUUUGACUCGAACAUCUCCGACACCUCUUCUUAUCUUGAUCUUGCUCCUUUGUACGGAUCGAGUCGUGCCGACCAGGAGAGCAUUCGGACAAUGCAGAGUGGUCUCCUUAAGCCGGACACAUUUGCUGAGAGGCGACUCCUUGGAUUGCCCCCUGGUAUCAACGUUAUGCUCGUCAUGUAUAGCCGGUUCCAUAACUACGUCGCAGAUGUUCUUCUGAAGAUCAACGAGAAUGGCCGUUUUACUUUGCCACCAACCAGAACUGAUGAAGCUAAGCAACGCGCUCUUGUAAAACAGGACGAGGACUUGUUCCAAACAGCCCGACUUGUCACCAACGGUCUCUAUAUUAACAUCUGUCUGCACGACUAUCUUCGCGGGUUAACAAAUACUCACCACUCCACAAGCGACUGGACGCUUGACCCCCGUAUUGCCGUUGAAAGACACUUUGACCCAGAUGGCGUCCCUCGAGGUGUUGGCAACCAGGUGUCCGCAGAAUUCAAUCUUCUUUACCGAUUCCACUCCACAAUCUCCCAGCGAGAUGAGAAAUGGAUGAAUGAAUUCCUGAGAAGCCUGUUCCCAGGAAACAACAAACCCCUCGACCAACUCACUCCCCAGGAAUUCAUUCAAGGUCUAUUCAGAUUUGAGCAAAGUAUCCCAGAAGAUCCCUCCAAGCGCGAGUUCUCAGGUCUCAAGCGUGACCAGCACGGUCGGUUCAGCGACGGAGAUCUAGCAAGAAUCAUGAAGGAAAGCAUGGAAGAUCCAGCGGGUCUCUUUGGUGCCAGAAUGGUUCCUAAGGCACUGCGUAUCAUUGAGGUCACUGGUAUUCUCACGGCACGGAAAUGGCAACUCGCAUCUUUGAAUGAGAUGCGCGACUUUUUCAAAUUGAAGCGCCAUGAUACCUUCGAGGAUAUUAACCCUAACCCUGAAAUUGCCGAUCUCCUUCGAAAGCUGUAUGACCAUCCUGAUAUGGUUGAAAUGUAUCCUGGAAUGUUCCUCGAGGAUGCUAAGCCACGUAUGGAUCCAGGAUGCGGUGGAUGUCCACCAUAUACCGUUGGAAGAGCUGUCUUCAGUGACGCUAUCACCUUGGUGCGAUCCGAUCGCUUCUGUACAGUGGACUAUACCGCCUCAAACCUCACGAGCUGGGGCUUCCAAGAGGUUCAGCAAAACCUGGACCUCAUGGGAGGAUCAAUGUUCCACAAAUUGUUCCAACGCGCUUUACCAGGAUGGUUCCCAUACAACUCGCUCCACACCACACAGCCAAUGUUCACCCGAAAGAUGAACGAAGAGAUUGCAAGGGAAAUCGGCACCAUCAGUCAAUUUUCCUUGGCCGGCCCAGCACCGCCACCAGCCCCUAUCAUCUUGACCAAGCAUUCGACUGUGACGAAAGUGUUGAAAGAUCAAGCGAAUUUCCGCGUCCCGUGGAUCAAGUGGUUGAACGAUAUUGUCCCGGGUAGGAAAUUCAACAGCGCCAUGCUGGCAGGAGACCUUCCCAUGAACACUGCACAGAAGAAUCUGGUUACGGAUAUUAUGUUCAGUCCGGCAGAGUUCAUGCAGCUUUUCUCUGCGACGGCGAUGGCUGCUGGAAAGGAACUCAUCGAUAGAGAGACUUUGAACUUGAAAACGAGUUUGGACCAGAUCGAUAUUGUUCGCGAUGUCGCGAUUCCCUUGAACACCCGGCUUCUGGCUGAUCUGUUCGCUCUGGAUCUCAAGACGCGCGAGAACAAGGGCGGAAGCCUGAGUGGGCCGACAUUAUACAAACACCUUGUGGAUGUCCGAACAUUUGUCUUCAACAACAAUGAUCCGGCUCUCGCGUUGCAGCGCAGAGAUGCUGCUCGUGAGGGUGUUGAAGCCCUGACAGAGACCGGCUUGGAAGCGAUUUCUGGCGGAGACUCUCGGUCUCUUUUGUCGCGAAUUCCACUUAUUGGUUGGAUAUUUGGACCUAAAAAGGCUAAGAGAAGCAAGCCGGCUGUUGGGUCUCUGCGCUGGUAUGGCCAGAAUGUUAUGAGAGAGAUAAUUGCUGCCGGAAAAACUCCUGAGGAGACCGUCGAUAUCGGCUGGUUGACUGCUGUUGGUGGUGUUGGAGCCCCAAUCGGAGUGUUUGUUGAUGUUCUCCAUUUCUUCCUCAAGGAAGACAAUUCCCACCACUGGGAGGCCAUCCAGGGCCUUGUCAGCCACUCUGAUGCGAAGUCCGCCGAUAGCACAUUGCGACAAUAUGUGCUUGAAGCUCAACGUUUGACAAGCAGCCAGCGAAAUCUCCGUAUCUGUGCCAGUGAAACCACGAUUGAUGGCAGAACUUUCAAGCCUGGCGAUGCGGUAGUUUCAUUACUGGGCGUAGCAUGCAUGGACCCAGAAGUUGUUCCUCAUCCUCAGAAAUUCAAACUCGACCGACCUUCCAGCGCGUACAUUCACUAUGGGUAUGGUGCACACGAGUGCAUUGGUCGGGAAAUAACCCUCUCAUUUGUAGUAUCUCUCGUCAAGCUUUGUGCAUGUCUGAAGAAUCUCCGCCCUGCAUCUGGCGACAUGGGGGUCUUGAAGCAUAUCACACUUGGCACUGAGCGAUGCUAUUUGAACGACAGCUGGUCGCACUUGACCUUCGAUCCAACCACAUGGAAAGUCCACUUCGAAGGCCGCGGUAAGGGAGUCUACAAACAUCCCAAGACGCCCGUCACUGCUGGCCGAGAUUUGAAUGCUUUGUCCAACUCACUUAUCCAGCAACAAAAAGACUUUUUGCAGACAACUGUUAAGAUCACAAACGGUGGAGGCGUUGCGCACUCUCCCAAAGACGUACAUCUUGUCGCCGAUGAGAUCAACGGUGAACUUGACGGGGCGACUGACCUUGAGGGUGAUUCUGAUUCUGUGGUACACCAGGUUAUCCCUGUUUAUGAAGAUGAACAGCACCAUGAGACAAUUAACGAUGUGCAUGAAGUUAGCUUCUCUUCUUUUCGUCACUCUUAUGAGAGGGAUCAUGAGAGAGACUUGAGCUAUGGGCUGACGCGGGGGCAGUAG